UAGUAUGGGUGACAACGACAACAAAGAUCUGCGAUCUUUACGACAGAAAGAAAAAUUUGUACUCAAACAGAUAUUUACAUCCGGGUUUGUGACCAGCGCCACUUUCUUUUUCUCAUUUCGCUACGCACCCUUCGACACGUCAGGCCUGAUCAGUAUUGGUGAUCGGAUGGCAUUUGCAAUUCGCUGUUUGUUCUUCUCGUCACUCUCAAUUUACUUCUUCAUACUCAAGGUUGGAAACCUUCGAUUUUACUCUAAUGCCAUAGAUCCUAUCAAAGGCGGCGGCGAAGAAGUUGUGGACAUUGCCAAUCGCGUCCUCAGAAACACGGUUGAACAGUUUAUAACACACUCCGUUGGUCUAUUGACAUUGUCUACCCUUUUGGAUGCAAGUUCUUUAAAGGCUAUCCCAAUCCUAGUUGGUUUAUUCCUCCUCGGUCGAGUCGUCUUUUGGAAAGGAUAUACAUCUUCAUCAGCUUUGAACAGGGGAUACGGAUUUGCAGCGACAAACCUUCCCACUAUUGCAGUCUACAUUUAUUGUUUGUUCUCCUUCGUGAGGUUGUACGUUGUCUGACUGUAGAUUUUUUGUCGAAGAGAUGAAUAGAAUGAAAUUUUCGUCGUCUGACAGGACAUAGUAUAAGAUCACUUCGUUUUGGAUGUAAAUUUAUAAAGGUUCAUGCUUACGCUCAGAAAAAAAAAAUAAUAUUAAUAUUCUCUUGUUUAACAAUGAGACCCUCAAAUUACUUAGAAAUAAAAUAUUUUCAAAUCCGA